AUGCUACUCACAGGGUCUUGCUUCUGUCAUAAAAUUGAAUACGAGCUUGAACUUGAAUCCGCCGACGAUGCUAGAACAUCAGUCUGUCACUGCCGCAAUUGCAAGAAAGCUUUCGGAACGAAUUACGGCCUGACAGCAAAGGUUCCAAAAGAUGCAUUUCACCUUAAGGCCGGUAUUCCCAAGGAGCAUGCCGCGGAUAAUGGAUCUGGGGUGGUGAUCCACCGGGAGUUUUGUGAUAAUUGUGGAAGCUUCAUCCUCGAGUAUGGAGAUACUGUCAAAGACCAAUUCCGAUACAUCUGCGUUGGCUCUCUUGAUGAUCCAGAAGCCUUGCCUCCCAAGGGCGAGUUCUUCUGCAAAGCUCGUGCGAGCUGGAUGCCUGAGAUUCCAAAUGUAUUCCACAAGCAGGAAGUGAAACAGUAG